CACUCUCCACUAUUUUUUUCAGCCAAGAAAGAUGUUGGGGUUCCUUAAAUAUCAAAGUGCACAGAGAAAUAUGGCUUAUCUAAGCACUUUGGGUAUAUUGAACCGACUGAACCGCAAUUUGAAAACAAUGCUUAUUUAAGAGAGACUUAAUCAUCGAAGUUACAAUUUCAUCAGCACUCUUCUUGGAUUACCUCAGGAAUGGAACUGAGGGGUCAGUGAGUAACAUCAGCCGGUGUGCCACCUCUCUAAUGUUAAGGUUUAUUUAUUUGAAAACAUUUAACAAAACUCUUUAUAUCAUUGCAGAUUUACUGGAGAGGGGCAACUUCUCUCCAUCUUCAUUUACUAAGACUUCUCUUCAGUGCGGACUGCAGCAAAAACAGAACAAAGAGAAGAUGAAGAAAUCAACAAGAGGGUCUGAGAAUUUGACAGAAGCCUCUUUCCAGUGCAUUUCUUUUCCUGUGAGAGACACCAUCAAUACUGACCAACAACAAGAGCAUUGCACAGAUCAGGGGGCUUUGUAUGAUGGCCGAGACUUUGGGCAACCUUUAAAAAAUAAGUCUGACUGUAAAGAUCUCAAGUUGUUUCAUACAACACAAAGGCCAUAUUGCUGUUCGGAAUGUGGCAAGACGUUCAUCCGUAAGGGAGAUCUUCAGAGGCACAAAGCAAUUCAUACUGGACAGAAACCUCAUUGCUGCUCUGAAUGUGGUAAACGAUUUUUUGACAGAUUUUCUCUCCAAAGACAUACAAGAAUCCACACUGGAGAAAAGCCCUAUGGCUGUGCUGAAUGUGGAAAAAGAUUCACUGAUGGAUGCUCUUUACAAAGUCAUACAAGAAUUCACACUGGAGAAAAGCCGUAUUGCUGCUCAGAAUGUGACAAAAGAUUCAUUAAACUUAGCUCUCUUCAGAGCCACAAAAUAAUUCAUAAUGGAGAAAAGCCAUAUUGCUGUUCUGAAUGUGACAAAAGAUUCAUUAAACGUAGCUCUCUUAAGAAUCACAAAAGAAUUCAUACAGGAGAGAAGCCAUAUGGUUGUUUUGAAUGUGGCAAACAGUUUUCACAAAGAAGCCAUCUUCAGAGCCACCAAAGAAUUCAUACAGGAGAGAAGCCAUAUAUCUGUUUGGAAUGUGGCCAAGGAUUUGCUAAUUCUAGCAGUUUCCAAAGACAUUUGCGAGUUCAUACUGGAAAAAGACCAUUUGCUUGUUCUGAAUGUGGGAAACGAUUUCUUGACCAUUAUGAUCUUCAGCGACACAGACGAAUUCAUACUGGAGAAAAGCCAUACGGCUGUUCUGAAUGUGGGAAACAAUUCAGUGACAGUAGCCAUCUUCAGAAUCACAAAAGAAUUCAUACAGGAGAGAAACCAUAUGGCUGUUCUGAAUGUGGCAAACAGUUUUCACAAAGAAGCCAUCUUCAGCGCCACAAAAGAAUUCACACAGAAGGGAAGUCAUAUGUCUGUUCCAAAUGUGGCAAACAAUUUCCCAGAAGUAGCUCUCUUCAGAACCACAAAAGAAUUCAUAAAGGAGAGAAGCCAUAUGUUAGUUCUAAAUGUGACCAACAAUUUCCCACAAGUAGCAGCAUUUAGAGGCACAAAGGAAUUUCGCAAACAGUUUUCACAAAGAAGACAUCUUCAAUAUCACAUACAAAUCCACACUGUUCUGCAGUUAUGAAGUGGCAAAAGAAGUAAUUUCCACAGACACUUAAGAAUCCCCACUAUGGAGUAGCCUUAUUGUUGAACUGAGUGUGGGAAAAGAUUCUCAAACCACCGUGGAUUUCAUGUUCAUAAAAUAAUUCAUACUGGUAAGAAGCCUCACUGAAGUUCUGAGUGUUUCUCAGACAGCAGAAGUCUUAAUGGCCAUUUGAUAAUUAGCAGUGGAGAAGCCCGGAAGGACUAAGUUGUGGGGGGAAGAAUGAAAUAAUGGAGGAAGGACUGAAAUGUAAGCCUCCUAACUACUCCGGUGCUGAUGAGUACCUUCAUGUGGUGGCCAAGUUUUCUUGUGCCAAUGUGUAUUCUGCUGUGUUUCUUGUGUUCUGUGGGUGGUUUCCUAAGAGGUGAGGUCACCUGUCUAUAAUCACGCCCACAGUCCCCUACAGUUCAUUGUGAAGGCACUCAUGAUGUGGUGAGGUUUUUUUUGUUUUUUUUUCUUGGGCUUUUGUAAUUUUUCUGUUUUUUUUUUUUUUGGUUCUUUUGUUUUUUGUUUUUUUGACUUUGCCUCUCAUAUUUUGGAUUGGGACUUUGUAUACUAUUGGGAUUGCCUAUUUUGAAGGCGUUACCUUCUGUGGCUUUUGCAUUGCACUCCUAUUUUUGAUAAGCAGGGCUUCUUGUAGAAAUAAACCUUUUAUUUAUAAAGAUUCUUUGUUGCCCCUUAUGUGACUUGCCAAGGUUUGAAGGUUAUUACCCCCCUCUAGUGGGUAUUUUGAGUAAUUAUUGGGGUGGUUGAGCUUGGGAACUGUUUAGUUCAUUACAGAGGAUGAGUGAAUGUUGUGGAAAACUAUUCUACCCAAUGAUUCCAGUGCUCCUUUAUCUGAGUUGACUUUUCUAUAAGCAGGCAAACAACUUGGCAGAGGAGCAGUGGCACCAUGUUCCACAUGUUAGUACCAUGUGUUGGUGUCCUCAUCCAGAGACUCCCACCAGUGCUUCAUAACAGUAAGGGAUGAAGACAGCAGCUGAAACAAAGUUCUGUU